AACCAAACCAUGUUGAAACAAACCCUCCUUACUUGUCUAGACUAGUUUUAGCAAUGACUUGCGUCACCUCAAAAUAUUACCUGGUACAAUUCGAAAAAAGUUGGGCACGAUCGGGUGUCACUGUGAUACUGCAAGAUCUGAGAUUGAGUUGUAUCGCAGAAGUUAUCAUUGUCGCACAAACAAUUACUCUUGUCACACUUCCCGAGCCUGUUUCCUUUAUUCUCUAG